CCCUGACUGUUGAGCAAUGUCGCGACAAGUUGAUAAACAAGUACCUGAAUGAAUUGUGCAAAAUUCAAAUGAAGCCAUGGGAUCAGAAUGACUAUGCUGAGUUCAAAGAUAUGCACACGAUGGUCACAAUGGUAAAGAAGGACGCUCAUGGACAAGAUAUGAAAAUGAAGGAAAUACUCCAGGGUUCUGUAUCUGACAUAUUUUUAACGAAAGUAAAUGGCAUACUGCCAGCUCGAAUCCUCAUUUCGGCCCCGGCUGGACGAGGUAAAACAACGGCUGUUGCUAAGAUGGCUUACGACUGGGUUCAUAGAGAAAGGGGGUCAGCAUUAGAACAUCUGCCACUUCUGUUUGUUGUAAAAUUCCGAAACACAGGUCAGCUUACAUCGAUCGGAGAAGCCAUCAAAACCCAGCUUUUGAGUGAUGUCGAUGAUCUUACACCAGAGGGUCUGGAGAGUUUCAUCAGAAAGAAUCAGGACAUAUGUCACAUUAUACUAGACGGGCUAGAUGAGUAUGCCGGUAUUUCUUCUUCAAAUCAAAGCUUAGUGAGCAACAUUGUCAAUGUCAUCCGCUGGGAGGAGUUUCCAGAGUGUCGAGUUCUCGUAACAACACGCCCUCACCUAGAAAGCUUUUUCAAUCAAGCGGAACUUUCAAGGGUAUACACAAAGAUGUGGAUCGAAGGAUUCUCUCGAGAGAGCUCUCGAGAUUACAUCGACAAAUUCUUUGCUUUGAGUUUGAAUCUUAAUAGUGCACAUGGUCUGAAGGCUUAUCUUGAUAUCCAACCACUUAUUAAUGAAUUUGUCAAAACACCCCUAUUUUGUCUCAUGGUCUGUCACUUGUGGAGCAAUGGCCUACUUGACAGUGGUACUACUACUCAAACAGAAUUGCUGGACAGCGUGAAUGUUUUUCUAAUGCAAUAUACAAACGCCCGAUCCGAGUCGAGAGUGAAAAUCACACCCGAAAUGUUAAGGAAAAUAAUUCUUCAACUAGGCAAAGUUGCUCUAAGUGGUCUGCUCGACGAUGCUAAACAGCUAGUCUUUACGGCUCAUGAUUUCCGUAGAGUUCCCGCACUACUUAAUAUGGCGUGUGAACUUGGGAUAGUAUCCAAGACGACUGUUUCAUCAACAUGCCCUCCUCAGUCAAACGCGACCACUUCCACUACAAUUGAGUUUUAUCACAAAAUCGCACAAGAACACUCGGCUGGAAAAUUCCUCGCUGAUCAAACGUCCCACUUUCUGUUACAUUUCAAGGUUUCUAAGUUAGAUAGAGUACUACGCAAGAUCAAAUCAUACAUCGGUGACUACGAGAAUCUCAUCCGAUUCGCCGCUGGCACGGACAACAACCUCUGUAUUCGUAUAAUGGAGGUGCUCCUUACAAACAGCUUUUUGAAGGAGAGCGAGCGAUAUCGCAUUCUCAUUGACUGUUCAUCGGAGACCAAGAGUACAGGAGGAAAUGUGUCUUCGUUGGUUCAAAGAUGUGUGAAUGCAGAGAGUAUUGUUCUGAAGUCACCGACUGUCUACACCGUCGUUGGGAUGCAUAAUCUUCCAAAGCAACUUAAACGUGAGGUUAGGACAGUAAAGUUCGAGGGAUCUACUUUAACUGCCGACGUGACGAGUGGACUGUGGGCCUGCCUGGGAUCAUUUUCGAUGAUACGUACUCUUACCAUCUCAGACUCGUCUCUCAGUUUGCCCUUAUGUCUCCCUGAGCUUCCAUCCGUCACAAAGCUAUCAGCUGAGAGAGUAACGUCACAAAGCUAUGAAGGUCUGCUCUCAUCGCUCCCUGGCUUGAAAGAUAUCGAUAUCAGUAUCGAUGAUGCAGCAACAGACAUACCUCAGAUCACGGCUGCUCUUCGUCGGACCGGGGGACAAACCAAGAACCUGCAGUCGCUAGGUCUGUCCGGGAUGAAGUGCUUGGACGAGGAAGACUUGGUUGAAAUUGUCGAGUCGUCAACAUAUUUGAAAGCAUUGGGUACUUUGCAUUUACAGUGAGUUGGAGUAGAUGUUCAUAGAUAAUUAUAUGAGUAAAAUUAAAGUAGACUAAAUUAACAGAAAGUUCAACUGUAAACUAUAAA